AUGUGUCUGGUCAAGGUCCACGAGGAGCCGGAUGGCGCGGUGCCGUACCGCGUCUCGACCCGGCGCCGCUCGCACUACUCGUCCUACUCGCCCCCGCGCUCCGCCAGGCUGUCACGCACCAUCGUCGACGACCGCCGCCCGCCGUCGGCCGUGUCGCACCGUGUCGAGCGCACCAGCACCAGGCUGACGGCCGUCGACGCCGCCCCACCCAAGGCCAUCCCGCCGCCCCAGCCCGUUCCCGUCUUCGUGAAGCCGCCGCCAUCGCCGCCGCCGGCGCCGCCGGCGCCGCCCGCGCCCGCGAGCCCGUCGCCCGCCCACCACCUGGUCGAGGUCUCGCCGGCCUCCAGCCGCACCAGCCUCAGCGAGAGCGACUAUAUCGUCCGCGAGCACGAGGUCCACCGCCACCGCACCACCGAGUACUCGCCCGCGCGCUCGUCCGUGACGGACCACUCGCCCCGCUACGAGACCUUCAGGUACAUCGAGCCGCCCGACGAGCACCGGCAUCGGCACCCGCGCCACGACAGCUGGUCGCGGUCGAGGGAGCGCAGCGCGAGCAGGGACCGGCGCAGCCAUUACGACGACGACCCGCGCGAGAGCUACCGCUCGACGCGCAUCGAGGUCAGCAGCUCGCGGCGGCCGCGCGAGUACUGGCGAUAG